AUGAUGGUAUUAAACGCUUCAUCUCCCCGAGAAGGGAAUACUAGUGUCGUCGAACCUCCAGCUCAUUUUUUACAUUCUCCGAUCUCCAACGAUGGCUCAACUAUGCCUCAGAUUAUCUCUCAUCGAGGAUAUAAGGGGAAAUAUCCUGAAAAUACGAUCUGUGCGAUAGAAAACGCGAUCGAAGCGGGAACUCAUGCCCUUGAACUUGACCUACAUCUCACCCGAGAUGGAGUUGUCGUGUUAUCGCAUGACAAAACAUUGCAGCGAUGCUACGGGUUGAAAAAGAAGGUGAUUGACUGCGACUGGGAAGAGUUGAAAACUCUGCGCACCCUGAUGGCACCACAUGUACCCAUGCCUCGCUUGGUAGAUGUCCUUGAAUACCUUCGACAGCCAGGUCGAGAGCAUAUAUGGGUCCUUCUGGACAUCAAGCUGGAUAAUGACCCAGAAACCAUAAUGAAGACUAUUGCCGAAACUAUUGAAUCAGUUCCCAUCCCAGCCAUUGGACCAGACUGGCAUCGACGAAUUGUCCUUGGCUGCUGGUCUGCCCGAUUCCUGCCACCAAGUACACAAUAUCUACCACGUUACGCGAUGACAUUGAUCUGCGUUGAUUUGAGCUAUGCUCGUCAAUUCCUACACGUACCUCGCAUAUCUUUUAACGUCAACCAGCAAAUAUUGAUGGGCCCCCUGGGGCGGGGGUUCCUGGAGGAAGCCCGCGCUGCACGUCGUCGAGUGUAUCUGUGGACAGUGAAUGCACCUAAUCUAAUGCGCUGGGCCAUUCGACAUCAAGUCGAUGGCAUUAUCACAGAUGAACCCGAACGACUCCAUGAGAUCCGAGAAAACUGGCACAAGGAGCAGAGUGAGGGUUCCUCUCGUACUGCUAACCUUGACCAGGACCGUUUGGAUUUUGGUCAGCGCACCAGGGUCUUACUAGUGACGGUUUUAGUCUUUGUUUUUGGGUGGGUCAUCAGGCGCAAAUAUCUUCCAACAUUGGAACGUGUACAGUUUGAGGCAAAGAGAACGACAUAG